AUGGCCUCAACAGGAAGUUGGAAGAGGCUAUGCAUAUGUGGCUGGCUACUCUGCAACCGACACCUCGUCUCCGCGCUGAAGAUCAUACCUCGCUCGCCGUCAGCCUCCCAACUUCAUAAUGUCAGCCACCAACUUACACCCAGAGCCACAUCACUCGCCGACGCCAGCUGCCCCGUCGAAGGAUACACGACCUGUGGUAACGGCAUGGCAGACUACUUUUGCUGUCCCAUCGACACGACCUGCAUGAUCCUGGCAGAGAGGACCACCGUCUUGUGCUGUCCAAAGGGGAGUUCAUGCGACAUUCUCGCGCCCAUCACCUGCGAUGUCAGUCUGCAAGACGUGGUCAGGAACCCGACGAGCCCGAUCCAUACCACGAGACUCAAGCAAUCCCUACCACAAUGCGGAAGUAGUUGUUGUCCGUUUGGGUACACCUGCCGGGCCGAUUCUGUCUGCUUCUGGGAUGUCGACCCGGAGGGGCCUCAGACCACCAGCACGUCAGUCUCAUCUACAAAGACAAUUGCGACAAGUGCAAUGCCGACGCUCACCCAGGAAGCGACAGCUACAACCGUCGAGACUAUUCCAGCUGCGUCGUCAACACCAUCUGCCACCCUGGGCCACGAGUCCCCGACCCCGUCGGCAGCAACAUCGCCCUCAGAAACCGAGACCCGUGGCGGCAUCAUUGCAGGCACCACCAUCGCAGCCAUUGCUUCGGUCGCCGGUUUGACGUGCCUCGUCUGGUUCAAGAGACGGUCCAUAUCCGAAAGCGUCGUCGGGCCCGCAGAGUUCCUCACCCGCCCCUGGCAACAGCUCCGUGAACAUAACUCUGAACAAGACGUCUCGCUGCCGCGGUACACCUCGCCGCCGCCGGCGUACGCCGUGAAGAUGAAGCCGCCGUUGACGAAGCAGUUCACGUGGAAACACUACAGUCCGGAUUCCGUCGGCCGCGACGGCAGCGUCUCCGUCCCUGUCGAGUUGCCUGCCACGCCGGUUUCUUUUAGCCAAUGGCUCGUUCGGGAGGAAGGGGAGGCGACGAGACCGCGGUCUCACUAUGAACCCUACCGGCGUCCUUGA